UGGAGUGGAAGUAUUAAAUGGAGGACAGUGGGUCGAGAAUCUGUAGACGAAUCGUAACCAAACUCGUCUGUUGGUGACUGAGGAUGUUGCGAUCAUGUCGCGUGAUGUUACCCAUUUUAUUUCCGUACCUCGUUCGAGCUGUUCUCACAAAUAAUUGCUCUAUUUCGUCGUAUCAAUGCAACGCGUUUCUCACGUGUCCGAUCGUUGAACGCAACAAUGUUUGUCUGUUGAGUAGAAUGCCAGGUCAGCUGGAAGAGAUCAAGGGCCAGCGUGCCACUUUCGGCAUGGGCUGCUUCUGGGCGGGGGAUUCUCUCUUCGGGACGCUACCUGGAGUUAUCAGGACCUGCGUGGGCUAUGCUGGUGGCACCAAGGAGUCUCCCGUUUACAGAGACAUGGGUGACCAUACAGAAGUCAUUGAUAUCGAAUAUGAUCCAGAAUUAGUGUCUUAUACACACUUGUUGAGCUUAUUUUGGAACAAUCAUGAGUAUGGUCUUACGACGAAGAUUAAGAGACAGUAUAUGUCAUUAAUUCUGUAUCAUAACGAAGAGCAACGAUUAUUAGCUGAAAAAUCUCUCAAGCAAGAACAGAAACAGCGCGGGGAAGUUUUUAUUACAGAGAUUAAAAAGUUUACCAAAUUUUAUCCAGCAGAAGACUAUCAUCAGAAGUAUCGACUACAGAAUCAUCCAUGGCUGAUCGAGACACUGGGCCUCACCACAUCAGAAAUUUUACGCACCUCUCCUUUGGCAGCCAAGUUAAAUGGUUAUAUAGCUGGUGCUGGUACUCUUGAACAAUUUGAGAAGGAACUACCGAACUUGGGAUUAAACGAGAAAACGACACAAUAUUUACAAAAAUAUAUUAUCCAGAAUCAAGGCAUCGGUUUAUAUUGUUAGCAAAUCUAGUAAGAAAACAGGAAAAGACAUUUUCUACUGUUAAACAGAGAUGAAUACUCAUUACACAGUUCUUUUCCUCUUUUCUA